UACAACAACAUGGCUUUGAAAUUUCUGAUAACAACACAAAAAAAAUUAUUGUCAUUUCAUUAUUUGCAAAAAACGUCUAGUUUUUCCACGAAAGUGUGUACUGUAGACAACGAUUAUUGAGAAAAUAUUCAUGUGUUUCGUUCGAGUUGUUCUUUGAGACGAUUACAAAUCAUUAUCAAGACACUUAUUCUCCAGAACACCGAGAUCUAUUUCUCUAGUCAUCAUGGUCAUAGAGAAAGGUUCCACCGAGAAACCUUCGGUGAAUAAUCCGCUCGAACAAUUCGUUCUCUUGGCCAAAGGUGCUAAAGGAGCAGCAGCUUCGGAACUAAUCAAACAAACAUUGGAAGCCCCCGGCGUUUACGUAUUCGGUGAAUUGCUCGACAUGCCCAAUAUCAAAGAACUAGAAGGAGGCAGUUUUCAAAACUAUUUCGAGUUGUUGCAAAUAUUCGCUCACGGUACAUACAGUAAUUAUUUAGAGAAACAAGCCACACUACCUCCUCUAACAGACGCCCAAAAGAAAAAACUACAACACUUGAGUAUCGUCUCAUUGGCUACCAAAAUGAACUGCAUACCUUACUCGUUGUUACUGAAAGAACUCGACAUAAAACACGUUCGUGAUCUCGAAGACUUGAUCAUCGAUGCGAUUUACGCGGAUAUUAUUCGAGGAAAAUUAGAUCAGAAGAAUUCCUAUCUCGAGGUUGAUUUCGCCAUCGGUCGUGAUUUCAAAGAAGAAGAUCUCAAUGUUAUGAUAGAAACACUUCAAGAAUGGUGUGACUCGUGCGAAUCAGUUCUCAGUGCCGUCGAUGCUCAAAUUAUUCACGCCAAUGCCGAAAAAGCCAAGUAUAUUAAACAUAAGCAAGCUGUUGAAAACGAAGUUACGGAACUAAAAAAGAACUUCAAAAGUGAAGAAGUCGAAUUACCGCCCGACAAGCCGAAUAAAAGCAAGCAACCGAAGCUUGCUCGUGGUUGUGGCAAGUUCAUGCCGAGAACUGAUUUUGUUCGCAAGUGAAAAUCAACGUACGAUUUGAGUUUGUUUAUUUGAUACCUAAUUUAAGAAUUCAAUCUUUUUAAUAAUAUUUUUAUAUUUGUUUCAUUAAUUUAAACAUUAGUACUGUAAAGAAAAUGUAAAUCUUGAAUUUAAUAGUAUACUUAGUAAAUAGCAUUCAAGUUACUACUAAGAAAAGUUAUUUUUGUUCGUGCUCCGUAAAAUAAUAAAAGUGGAAGAUUUAA